UGCUCCUUGGAAAGAAAGCUAUGGCAAACCUGGACAGCGUAUUAAAAAGCAGAGACAUUACUUUGCCAACAGAGUUCCAUCUAGUCAAAGCUAUGGUUUUUCCGGUGGUCAUGUAUGGAUGGGAGAGUUGGACCAUAAAGAAGGCUGAGCACUGAAAAACUGAUGCUUUUGAACUGUGGUGCUGGAGAAGACUCUUGAGAGUCCCUUGGACUGCAAGGAGAUCCAACCAGUCCAUCCUAAGGGAAAUCAAUCCUGACUAUUCAUUGGAAGGACUGAUGCUGAAGUUCCUAUACUUUGGCCACCUGAUGCGAAGAGCUGACUCAUUGGAAAAGACCCUGAUGCUGGGAAAGACUGAGGAUAUUGGGAAAGAUAUUCUGAAUAAGGAAGAGCAGUUUCAAGAGGCUGCCCUCAAAGAACGAAUUGCACAGGUAGAAGCCGACAUAUGGGCUCAGGCCGAUAAACGCCAAAGACAAGCAGUGAAGAAAGCCCUCGAAGAAGCAAAUGACAUGUACAAAAUGCAAAUCCAGUUUCUGAAAGAGGAACAUGAAAAAGAGUUAAAGGAAAUGGCAGCUAGGACCGAGAUGCAGUUGCAUAAAAACCUGGAGGAAGAACUGCAGCGAGAACACUUGGCUGCCGAGCAGCGCAUGGUCCACAGGAUCCAGAGGAUCAUGAUGGAGUGCCACCGCGAGAAGGUCCAGGCCGUGCAGGAAGCCCGAGAGCAGGAGCGGCUGGUGGCCCAGGGAGAGAUCCAGGCUCAGAGAAGGAAGGCCGUGGAGGAACUUAUGAGCACAGGUGUCACGGUUGUGCAGGAUCAGAAGAAGAGUGUGAACCAGCUGGUAAGGGAGAAACAGCAUGAAAUCAAUCUCUACUAUUGCAUGACUCAGAGGCAGAAGCAAGAGGAGGUUCAGGAAGUGCUUCAAGAAGCAGAGAAAACACAUCAGGCCAGACUCGGAAAUGUGAUGGACAAGCUGGUGAACACUCAGGGGGAGCUGCUGUCCAUCGCGAAGCAGCUGGGAAUUAUGACGAACUGGAAAGACUUCCUGGAGGAAGAGUUACAGGAAACCAGGGCAGCAUUUCAAAAAUACAUCAAUUACACGUUUCCAAAGCUCUCGCCGGGACAUGCAGAUUUUAUUCUGCCAGAAAGAAAGAAAACACCUUCCAAUCUUAUUAUUCCGGAGAACCAAACAACUCCUGAUUAGAAGUGUUCAUCUGAAAUUUCACUACAAAAGACACAGUUUGAAAGACUAAAUAAAUUCAUUCAAAAACCAUGUAUGGAUCCCCAGUUAUGUGCAUGGUACUGUUGAGCUGUAAGCAUUUUGAUGGAAAACCAAAAUAUUCAAAA